UGUGUGUGUGUGUGUGUGUGUGUGUGAGUGAGUGAGCAGGCUAAGUUGACAUGAUCAGGAGAGAACUCCAGCUCCAGCCUACCUUUGCACCACAGCCACCCAGCAGAGCCAGAAAGACACCCGACGACGGAGACAGACAGAGAGAGACUACCGUAGGCCAGGCAACAGGGUCCAGGUCCAUCUUAUUUGUGUAACAGCCACCUGUCAGAGCCAGAAUAGGAGAUAGACUACCGUGGGCCGGCCAUCAGCCAGGUGUGUAUGUAUGAUGUUGCUGCACCGGGUGAUCCAGGCAGCCCGUGCAGGCGAUCUCUCAGCCCUGAGGAAGCUGUCCUCCUCUGGGUGCCUCACGGUCUCAGCCUCCAUCACAGACGCCCAGGGGGCAGGCCCGGUGCACCACGCCGCUCGCUGCGGCCGCCUGGAAUGUCUGCGCUACCUGGUGGUGGAGGUGGGGCUGGCGGCCGACGCCCGGGCCCUGAACAGAGCCACGCCCGCCCACGAUGCUGCUGCUACAGGCCACGCCCGGGAACUGCAGUGGCUAGUGGACCAAGGGGGCUGCAAUGUAGAGGACCAGGAUGCAGCCGGGGCGACAGCGCUCCAUCUCGCAGCUCGGUUCGGACGGGGGGAGGUCGUCCAUUGGCUGCUGUUGGUUGGUAGCGUCGCCGAGGAGACGACGGACUGUGGGGCCGUCCCCGCCCAUUACGCUGCUGCCAAGGGAGACCUCACCUGUCUGAAACUACUGGUCCACCAUGCACCUGGGUGUGUGAACCGUCAGACUGGCAUCGGUGCCACCCCUCUGUACCUGGCAUGUCAGGAGGGCCACCUGCACGUCGUGGAGUACCUGGUGAAGGACUGCGGGUCAGACGUCCACCUCAGGGCCCAUGAUGGCAUGACCGGCCUGCACGCUGCUGCACACAUGGGGCACCAUGCCCUGGUCAUCUGGCUGGCCACCUUCACAGACCUUAGCCUGCAGUGCCAGGACAGGGAGGGAGCGACUGCUCUUCACUUUGCGGCCAGUGGAGGGCACCAUCGCAUCCUGGAGAGGCUGCUCCGCAUGGGGGCAAAGGUCAUCAGAGACGACUGGGGGGGAACCCCUCUUCAUGAUGCUGCUGAGAAUGGAGAGCUGGAGUGCUGCAGGAUCCUGUUAGCCAAUCAGGUGAGCCCAUCGGAGCAGGACAUAGAUGGGUUCACAGCAGCAGACCUUGCGGAGUACAACGGACACUACGACUGUGCCGGCUACCUCCGAGCCGUGGAGACAUGCCCCUUCUCAGCGGACCAGCCAAUAGAAGAACUAGGUCCGGUAGAGGAGGAUGUGAGGGGGAGACAAGCUAUGGCGUGGCAGCCCAGUAAAGAGGACUACUACCGUCGCCUUAGCGACCCUGGCCGGGACUACUUCCACAAUAACAACAAAACAAAUAUGGAGAGCUUAAAGCAACCAGAGACAGAGGAGUACCCUCAGGCUCAAUACCCUGCUCCUCUGCCUGAACCCACCUCAUCCUCCUCUCAACCACAACCAUCUGCCAUAUCCAGUGUACAACAUGUUAAAGUGGCAUCAACAGUUGUGAAAACUUUAACUCAAAGCAGCGAGGAGGUGAAAACUGUCCAUCUGACCGAGGUUUCAGACAAAAACCUCCUGGCUGGUACAAUCAACGGCGUCAAAGGGCUCCUGACAGAAAUGAAACCAUCAAAGCUAGUAUCAACACGAGCAAAUAAGAUAGUUGUGGAAGAGAUGACUGUUAAUCUCACCAAAGUUCAGCUGGGUGGAAAGAAGCUCCUUUGUGAAUUGAAAUCCUCACCAACUGCAGUAAGUAAGAUGGUGUCGUUUUCCACAGAAGAGGUCAAACCUUCUGAACAGUCUUCUGUUGAUCCGACCCAAAAUGUCCUUGGGCUCGGUGGCAAAAAACUCCUCUGUGAAAUCAAGUCUCCAGAAGCUUCAACAAAUGCUAGUCAAAUAGUGGUGAGACAUACAUUUUCGGCAGACGGAAUCAGUCAGAACAAACCUUCUGAAGAUGUGAUUACUGUUGAUCUGACCAAUAACGUUACACUUGGUGUCAAAAAGCCCCUCACUGAAAUGAAGUCUUCACCUGACGCAGGUAAGAUACUGGUAAAGCCUGAGGUAAAAACUGUUGAUCUGGCGAAGGCUUCUGACAAGAAUCUCCUGGCUGGCAAAAACCUGCUCGGUGACAAAAAGUUCCUCGACAACAUGAAAUCCAUCACAUCUCUGAAACAGACAGAAAUAUCCACAGUAGCUGUAGCACAAGCAAACAGGAUGGUAGUUCUGCCCACGGAAGAGGCCAACCUAUCAGAUAUUGACUAUCUGGUUCCCACCCAUGACGAGCGGGGUCGGCCAAUCGCUGAGUGGAAGAGACAGGUCAUGGUACGUCAGCUACAGGCCAGGCUAUUGGACGAGGAGGACCAGAGGAGGAAGGAGAAUGGGAACAGCACUUCCAAAGCGGUGAACUGGAGGUACUCACAGGCCCACAACGCUAUCCUGGGCCCGUUUGGAGAGCUGCUGACCGAGGACGACCUGAUUUACCUGGAGAAGCAGAUCCAGUGCGUUUCCAACCAGAAAAACUGUGAAGGCUAUGAGACAGAGCUAGCUCGCCUGGCUGAGGAGCUCAGGACCAUCCUGCCAGCUCCCAUCGUCAACAUCACAGCCAGCACUCAGUUCAGAAACCCCAACCAGGAGUCUCAGGUCCCUCUGCCCGUGUGGUGCAACCGUAUCUCAGGCAUCGUAAAGAGCAUGUCCCUGCUGAUGGCCAACCUGGCAGACGGGCCGUACUCUAAGAUGCCCAACACAGAGCUAUCCACUGUGUUCUCCCAGAGCCCAGACAGACCCACCUCUACCCGAGGGCGCAGGGAGAAGAUAGAGUCCGAGAUCCAACAAUUUGGGGUGUCUGUCCGGAAUCUGAAGUCCAACUUUGAAGGUCAUGAACAUGAAACAGAAGAAGAGGUCCACACGAUGUCAGCCACACAGGAGGAAGGACUGGGGUCAGAGGUCAGAGGAAAACAGGAACAGCCCAAAGAGAUGAACCCAGCCCCCGAAGCUGACUGGAACAGUGACUCAGGCAUAGCCUGCGAUGAUGACAUGACCGACGUUAGGGAAACCACCAGUCUAAGGAAGGAACGUAUCGUGGUGCUGUUCCUGGGCCACUGGAAGAAGUCCGCCUACACGGUGACCUUGAAGACCAGAGAAGCCGAGAGGAGAGCCAGUGUGGAGGAGGUUGGUGGUAAACCUGGGGGGACAGAUGGCAGGGGACCACAGAAGGGAUCUCAGAUGCCUCUGGGACAUUUCUUCAAACAGAGGAGUGUCAUCAACAAGAUGAUUGGUGAUUGGAGGAACAUGAUCUCCAGCGUUCCGUCUCGCCAGAUCCGCCGUCUCCACCGGCAGCAGGCACCAUACUCCCCUGAACAGUUCCUCCCCAAGGUGGACGGGGCGAUGGUGGACUAUGACAGUCUGACCCUUGACCUCUUUAUGCUGGGGUACUUCCACAUCCUGGAACUCGAACUCCCCGCGGACGAGAGGAAGAUGAGACACCUGCUGUGCUUUGAGGUGUUUGACCACGUUGGUCGUUUCACCUGGGAGAGCAUCCGGGAGUUCCACAAGGCCGUCAUGAUGGACAUCGAGGCCGGGAACCGUGAGUGGAAGGACGGCUUCGAGGACAUUAAGGUCAAGUUCUUUGGGAACAUGUCAACGACUCGGUCUGAACUGCCAGAGGUAGAGAAACAACUGUUUCCACCAGAGGUCAGGCCUGUGCCCAUAGUCAUCCUCCAAACCCCGACACCAGAUGAAGGGGCUCUGAUUAAACAAGGAACAGACAUUUCCAGUUUCAGCAAUGAUGAGAUUUGCAAAUACAUAGACAGGAGUUUCACUUUCUGGAAAGACAAGGAGGCAGAGAUUUUUGAUUUUGAGUAGUAGUUGUUUACCUUCUUUACCUUCUUUUUUAAAAUAUAUUUUUUAAAUAAUUGGUAGUCUUCCGAAGUCAAGUUAUAGUUAUGUAGUCUGCUGAUAUCAAGUUAUAGUAAGGGAUGAGUGUACUGUAAGUGCAUUUUAUUCUGAGUGUGAAUACCUUUGUGUUAUUUGUGAAUAGUUGUAACAGCUCUUAUUAUUUAAAGAGAAAAGUAAGCCUACAGUAAACUUUCCAACCUUUAGAAACAGGUCGUCAGAUGUAUAGUACUAUAAAAAUA